CGCACGUGGAAUUUGCAGCAUUGUAUUACAGCCAUCGAUGGUGGCGCGUGGACGUUCCCAUUCAUUUUUCAAAACGCACUGGAACGCACAUACCAUGCUUGUGCAUCGAAUCUUGGUCGCGGCGGCUGGACUCUUGGCCGCGUGUCACUUCGUCCCCCAGGCGACUGCCCAAGUCAUCAACAUGCGUCGCCACGAACGCAUUGUGAUUGUCGGAGGGGGGCCUGCGGGGGUCCACUACGCUACCCUCUUGGUCAAGAAAGGGUUCACCAACAUUACGAUCCUGGAACAGUCCACAGAAGUGGGCGGCAAGUCCAAGACCGUCGUCGACCCCCUCGGCAUCCCGCACGAACUGGGCACUUGCUACGCUACGUCGUUGUACCAGCCAGUGUUUGACCUGCUCAAGGAGUACGACCCCACCAACACCCUCGUGCCAUUUGUGCCGUUCAUCAAAGGUCACACGUAUGUCAACCGAGACGCCAUGCCUAUAAUGGACUACAAAGCGUAUGUGGCGCAGCUCGUCCACCGACUUAUGGGACCAGUGAAAGAGCGCGAGCUUGUCCGUGAAAUCGAGAGAGCCUUUGUCAGCUACAGCAGCAUUCACACGUCGAUCUUUGGCGUGUAUGACUACGGGCUGCCGCCGCAACCGUCGGAUUGGUCUCGCAUCGACAUGUCGGGGCUGGAAUUCCUCCGACGAAACAAGCUCCUCGCGCUCGAAGGGUUCUUCCGGUUUGUGUUUCAACAGCAAGGCUACGGAACGUUGGACACCGCGCCAGCGUUUUACAUGUUGUGGUGGAUUCAUCCGGACCUGCUUCGCAAGCGCAAAGAAGCUGAUGCCAAGCGUCAGCCGUGGGCGUUCAUGUUGUCCAAGGGGUAUCAGUCGCUGUGGAAGGCCAUGGUGGCCAAAUAUGAAGGUCAAAUUGACGUCCAACUCGACACCAAGGUAGUUCAAAUCGCCCGGACACUUUCACCCAUUUACGUUACGGUCCGCCGCAGCAACGUGCUCGACAUCGUGCGUGCCGACCACCUCGUCAUGGCGACAGACUUGAGUCACAUGGUGACUUUGCCGUCCGACUUAUUGGCUAAUGAUAUCAGCUUAACCAAAGACCUGACGUCGUCUUCCUUCGUCGUGUCGUUGUUUGAAUCGGACGCACGCAAGGACGAAAGCGUAUCCCAGUGGUGGCCCAACCGUGGCGUGGGCGAGUUGGAAGGCCGGCUGCAACUCACUCGCAACUCGCGGCUGUCCCUGUACAACCCGUUGCCAGCCCACGGAUCUCAAUCCGACCCCGCUCCCACCAACUGGGGGGUUAAUGCCACCGGCCGGCAAACCCGAGUAGCGUACCAGUUCUACAACCAACGGUACCCCUACUCGCCUACGGCGGUCAAAACGCAGUUGCUCGCAGACCUCGAGAGCGCGUCGUUUACCAAUGCGGUCGUGCAAAAGCAAAUCAUCCACAACUACUUCCCAAGGUACAACCUCACGCAGUUGCAGCAAGGCUUGCCGUGGAAGAUUUGGGACAGCCAAGGGUCCAUCAGAACGACGUGGAUUGGGUCGUCUGUGAGCUUUGAAAGCGUGCUGGACGUGGUUGUAUACAACAACAAACUCAUCGAUCGCGUCAACAUUACAUGA